CGCUGUUUUGUUUAGGUUUUUUGUCACUUGUGGUCUUUUUCCUUUUGCGAUAAUGACACAAUAUUUUUUGAAACACGGUUUUUGUGUUUAGAAUUUUAAUAUUUCGCAAAUCGAAUGAAAUAUGGAAUAGUAAAGGCAGUGGUGUUUCUUUUGUGAUUAAGUAGUCUUGGACCGGUUUAACGAACAUCGUGGCAGGUUCUUUAUUGUUUUAAAAGGUGUCAACAAUCACAUUUCUUGAAAAAAAUAAUCAAAUGUAUCAUUAAUUAUAAUCUCAUAUUUCUAAUUUUGGAUAUAUGUUUACUUCGUGAAUUUCUUCAAAUGUGUUCCGGAAUCUGUUUUCAAUCAUUUUACGAAAUUUUUCUGAAGUUCUGAUAUCGCUCGCACAAAGAUGUAAAAGGUAUUAAGCAGCUAUUUUUGCAUUUUUAAGUGUUAAUUUGUUAUGGCUCACGUUGAAGCUGAAGUUUAUGGUCAACCUCGUCGAGGGUGGUUAGAUAAUAAAAGUCAAAAAAUUGAACAGCCAUUUUAUAGAAUGCUGAAAUCAGGUUUUGAAGAAAAAGAGAAAGGAAUUAAAGAAUCUACAAAGCCAAAAGUGGAAAAUGUUAGACCUAUGGGAACCAAAGUCAGCACUAUUGCUCAUAUGUUUCAAACAUUAUCUCAGCAAAAAACUGAAAAUAGUGGAUUAAGAUCACCAGUUAAUAAAGAUGCUCCUACUACCGAGAGAGUUCACUCACCAGAUAUGUAUAAACCUGAAAGGUCCUCCUCUCUUCCAGCAUUUCCAAGUUCCAAUUGCUCUUUAUCUCGUAGAGGUAGUCAUCUGGCAAGAUUUAAUAAUGCAAAAGCUAUGUUUGAAAAAUUAGAGAAAAGUAAAGGAGGUGAUAAUAAAAUUGAAGUACGUACACGCUCCAGUACCAUUGCGAAUCCUGAGUCCUCAAAAACCACUUCUAAGAUAAAUGUGUCAGAUCCAUGUGUAAAUAAACAAGCUCAAUUCUUGGGGAAUAUAGAUAAUAGAUCUGUCUCAAAACAGUCAGUUUUAAUGACUGAUAUAUCUUCUAAAGAUACAUGUGAGUUAAAAAAUGACUCUUUUUCUAAAGUUACAUCUGAUUUCAAAAGUGACACUUUUUCUAAAAUUUCUACUGAAUUAAAAAGUGAUACUUUUUCUAAAGUUACAUCAGAUACAUUGAAAGCUGCUCCACAACUUAGUAAAAGCUUUGUGAAAAGUGAUUCUGAAUGGGUAAGCUCUGAUAAUAAAAGUUUAUAUCAAAAAUCUGAUUUAUCAUACCAAAAAUCUCAAGAAAAUUCAAUUUAUAAUCAGCUCUCUAGUAAAGAUAAUUAUGACAACAAAUCUAUUUCAAAAUUACCUUUGAUAAAAAAUGACAUUUCUUAUAAAAAAGUUACGAUUGAAGCUCCCAAAAUAGUGCCUCAAACAAUGCAUCAGUUAUGCAAAACCAACUCUGCUCCUACAAUUUCUGAUAAUAAAGGACAUUUAAAGCAAGAUGGCUCAUCUUCACUUCUAAUAGAAAACAAAAUAGAUAUGGGUUUGUUACAGGAAAGUGACAAUAAAAAAGAAUUGGAGGAAAAGAAUGAAAAAAAUAAUUCUUUAGGAAGUAUGAAAGAAGUUUUGAGCAAGGAUAUAUAUGAAGGUGAAACUAUUCCAAAAUUGCAGUCUGAAGAAAUUGAAUCUACUUCUGUUCAAAAUUUAAAUCAUUUUGAAACAUAUUCUAAUAAUGAUAAGGAUUCUAAGAAUCUUCAAUUUACCACUGAAAGUAAAGUUGAAAAUAUUAAUGAGAAUAGUGAUAAAACACAAAUUAUCAGUGAUAAUUCAAUUUCAACUAAAAUAUAUAAUUCAAAAGAACUAAUUGUUGAAAAUAUAAAUGAACAUCGGACUACAACGCUAUACAAUCACUCAUCUAAGUCAAACAGCAUUUCAGUAUCUUCUGAGGUUGAUUUAGUGUAUGAUAGUUUUCAAAGUGCCUUGGAAAGCUCAAAAGAGUGCUUGAAAUCUUCACCUUAUAAAAUUAAGCGAAAUAUUUUCAAUAAUGAUACCACUUCUGAGAGUAUUGGAGGUUCAAUUCGUGAAAGCACUGGAAUUCCAAUGAAUGAAAUCUACAAAAGUGCCUUAGAAAAUUCUGAAGAUUGCUUUGAAUCUGUAAAAGAACCAACAGCAGAUAGCUUUAAAAAAGAUGAGACCUUCAUAAAUACUGAAUCAUCUGAGAUGAAUGCCAAUUCUGUGUUGCCUGCACAUUGUGAGAUAGCUACUUCAACCAGCUUAGGCCCUUCUGAACAAAAGAGUCCUCCAGUUUCUAAUUCAGAUUCUUUUAUGAAUCAUCCAGUGAGUCAUAGUCCAAGAUUGGAACCUUCUGAUAGUAGCCUGUAUAGCUCUAUAUUCAAAGAGUUACAGAACAAUUUACAACAGAAAUAUGAAUUUGAAUUGCCAGAAAAGGAAUUCUUUACAAAUGACAAAGCAUCUGAUGCUUUUGGAGCCGAGAUGGAAGAAAACAACAGUUAUGCUGUUAUGGAGGAUUUAAAAGAUGGAUUGAAAGAAACUUUUGUUGAUGAUACUUCAUCAGAUUGCCAAUAUUCUGAUGAGUUUGGCAGCCAGGAAGUUUUUCCUUCUUCCAAAGAUUUUAAACACAAUAAUAGUUAUACAGUUGUGGAUGAACAUUUUCCUUUCAUUCCAGCAGCCAGUUUUUCGGAUUCCCGUUAUAGAGUAUCCAAUAAUGCUGAGGUAGCUCUUCAUGAUUCUGCCGGUGAAUCUUUAGCCGAGUGUCAAGAGCAAGAUUUGGAAUUUAUUCAUACAGAUUUAGAAGAUUUAAAUAUGCAACCUCUUAACUCAUCAUUGCCAAAACGUGAUCUUGGAUUUAUUGAGCUUAUGACUGAAGAUGAGGCUGAAAAGCUUUUAAGCAGCAGGGAUCAGUCUGUUUUAUUAAGUGACGAGGAAGCUAGAGAAGUAGUUUUACUUUUGUCAAGAUCAGAAGAAGUCCAGAAAAAUUCUCCAGACGAAAUUACCAAUGUUGUAGAUAAAGGCAUAUUAAAUUCAACCUUUACCGCCUCUGAGAAAUUUAAUUCAACUGUAGUGCAUGAUGGCACAGAAUAUCAUUUCCUUGAAGAUGGGCAUUAUUACUUUGAAUAUCCUGGAUUAUCUCCUACAGAGAGUGAGGAAAUGGUUGAACUCAAUAAGUCAAUAACAGAAGAAUCUUUGGAUUCGUCUCGAGCUUCUCGUAAAAAGUCGAAAAUCUCUUUUAGUACAGAUCCUAUUAAGGUAUAUAGUACUCAUUCAACUGAGGACUAUGACAGACGGAAUGAAGAUGUAGAUCCAAUUUCAGCAUCUGCAGAAUACGAAUUAGAAAAAAGAAUUGAAAAAAUGGAUGUCUUCCCAGUUGAUCUCAUUAAAGGUCCUGAAGGUCUGGGAUUAAGUAUAAUUGGUAUGGGAGUUGGUGCUGAUGCUGGCGUCGAAAAAUUAGGAAUAUUUGUGAAAACCGUCACACCUAAUGGAGCAGCUGAUAAAGAUGGAAGGAUUCGGGUAAAUGAUCAAAUAAUAGAAGUGGAUGGCAAGUCUCUAGUCGGGGUCACACAAGCUUACGCUGCAGCAGUAUUGCGGAACACAUCAGGUCCAGUUAGAUUUAUUAUUGGCCGUGAGAAGGAAGGAGCUCAGAGUGAAAUAGCUCAAUUAAUUUCCCAAUCUCUGAUUGCAGAUAGGAAUCGUGAUUCAGAAAGGGAAAAUGAUGAAUCUUACAAUAAACCUCAUUGUCCUGGUAUUUUAACCAAGGAUGAGUUGAAGAAAGCAAAUGAAAAGCUAUUGGCAAUGGAACAUAUGGAGUCUGAUUAUAUUAAAUGGCUGGAUAUCGCACAGUGCCAACUUGAGGAACUUGGAUUGAAUUUACAAAGUGCAGAACAAGAAUUAUUGCAGUAUAAAAAUGAACUUGAAAAUUUAAGAGCAACUCAUUCAAAUUUAGAUAAGAAAUAUUCUAAAGUGAAACACUACAUAAAAGAAUUUCAGCGAAGAGAAAAAGAAUUAAUUCAAUGGCAAGAAUAUCAUGUCCAGCAGCUUCAAGAAAAAGACCAAGAAUAUAAUUCUUUAGUUAAAGCAUUGAAAGAUAGGAUUAUCCUUCUGGAGCAGUCUUUAUUGGAGACUCAGAAAAAAGCUGGUCUUCCUUCUGGUCUUCCAUAUAGUACUCCUUUAAAACAAGAUAUACCCCAAUGCAGAAAUGUUAUUAGUCCUCCCAAAUUUUUAAAAGUUGAAUGUCCUGAUUUGUCUGACAGUGAAGCAUCUGACAGUGAGAUACAAUCUCCCUUUAGUCCUGAUGAUGAAUUCUGUGACAAAAGAGCUACAAUGGAAAGGAGACAUGACCGUGAAAAGUUGUUUGAUACUGCUGUCCCCCACACUGAAUUACUUGAUACAAGUGCUGCAAAGGCAAAAGCAGAACUUGCAAACAAAGGAAGUUUGGCUAAUCGACAACCACCAUCAAUUAAAAAGCAAUCCUUAAGUGACUCAUCACCUGACAGAAGUUCAAUAUAUGACAUAUUUACCAGUUCUUCUGAAAUUGAGGAAAGAAUUCAAAUGGAAGAAAAGAGUAUUUCAAGUCACAAAGAUAACUCCUUUGAUGUGGCUCAACAGUAUCAAGAUUGGAAUAAAAAUGAAGAUGAAACUUCCUACCAGUCUCCACCAUUAACGCUACUAGAAGAAAUGAAAGUGGCCGUUGCUGCUCGUCAAGCUCGAAUAAACAGCAGCAGUAUAACUUCAGAGGAUAGUAGCGAAGUGGGAAAUGAUUUGCAACUUGAAAGCACUCAAGUAACAAAACAGAUAUCUUAUGAAGUUUCCCACACAACUGUUGAGAGUUUUACAAGGCUGGAAACUUUCAACAAAGAAACAUCACGUUCACAGUCUUCAUUGCAUUCAUGCUCUAGUCAACAAAAUGCUUCAGUCAAAUCACAGGCAAAUUCUGAUAUCUCAUAUUCUGACCAUUCAAUGUCUACAAAUCAUGCAGAAAGUUGUGCAUCACUCCUAUCAAAUGAAAGUGCUUCAUCUGAAACUGCUGGAUCUAGUUAUGUUUCUGAGAAUCUUCCAUCACCUUCUCAAGAAGAAAAACAGCCCUCAGCCCUGUUAUCAGAGCCUGCUCAUCAGUGGUCAGCUGAGCAAGUAGCCCUUUGGCUACAAUCACUAGGCUUCGAUCAUCAUGUUCCACAGUUUCUUGACUCUGAUGUAACUGGGCAGAUUCUUUUACAGAUUGACAGUUCACGUUUGAAAGCCCUGGGUGUAUUAAGCAGUGCAGAAAGAAGUACAAUUAAGAAAAAAGUAAAAGAAAUGCGAAUUUAUCUUGAAAAAUUGCAAAAAAGCAUUGAUAAAGAACAAAAAGCGAAAGAAAAGCUAUGGAAGAAAUUAUCUGGCAAAAAAUAAUGUUAUCUUUGUAUUAUAAAUUUUACACUUUAAAGUAUAUCAUGAAUUAUGUAAAUAUAGUUGAUGGAAUAUAUACUUAAUUCUAUUUCCUUAGAUGCACUUGUAGAUUCAAAUUGCUAUAAUUCUGCAAAUUAGUUUUAUGUGGGUAAAAUGAUCAUGAAAUUUUUUUAAAACUCUAUAUAUGAUAUUGUUUUUUUUGAAAAAGAGACCACAAUGUUUUUUUACUAAGUGAUCAAAACAUUCCACACACUUUUGUGAUAAUAAUAUAACUAUUUUCUGAGCUAUAUUUCAUGUAAGUGUCUUACUUGUUAAGUAGUCUACUUUUAGAUUUUUUUUCCAAAAGCUUGUAAGUAUUUUAACAAGAUGUAUUAUAAAUCCAUGCAACUAAUGCUUGCAUUUUUCUUUUUUUAAAAAAAAUCACUUGUAAUCAACUUUUCUUUCCUGUGAUUUUUCAGCUAUUUUUUUUAAAAAGAUACAAUUAUACAAUUAUUUUUAGACUUCUUUGAAUUUAUCUAAUUUUGUAUAUUAUUACAAAAUGAGUAGUUUUUGUGAUAUUAAAAAAGCUUGUUAAAAAUAUUUUUUAUGAGAUUUUUUGCAAGAUUGAAAUGAGGUUAUAGAUUUAGAUUUUAUUAUUAUUAUGAAAGCAAUUUUGCAGCCUUUUUCUUCAUUUUGUUUUAAAAGGCAAAAAUUGCAAGAUUAAUAAUAAUAAAUGAUCUCUGUUCAUAAAAAAGGUGUUUUUAUUUGUUUGCAAUGUUUCAUAUAAAGUCAUUUUAAAUUCAAAGAACAAAAUGUAAUACUGAUUUUCUUAUUUGUGAAUGUGCAGUUAUUUAUAUUGGGAAAUUAAAAAAUUGCUUAUUCUAAAAUAAAAUGCAUUAGAAUUAAAGAAUAUAAGUAUAUGUGUGUUUUAAAUGUUUCAGUUAUAGUUUUCUUUGUGGUUUGCUUUUUUAUUCAUGUUUGAUUUCUUGAUUUUUAUGCCAUUUUUGUAUAUACUAAGUCACUAAUACAUGGUAUAUACACUGAGGUUAUCUUGUAUGAAAUAGCUAUUCAUAUUCAUUUUUUUUUUCAUUCAUCAUUUUGGCUGCAUUGGCCUAUGCUGUCCAUUCACAGCAGCUUUGACCAGUGAUUUUUUUACUGUAUUUUUAAGUGUGAAAUUUCUGAUAAAUAUAUUAAAUUUUGAUCCAUUUUUGUUUUUGCAGUAAUUUUGAUUCUGUAGUUUUUUAAAAAAGAUAUUUUAAAAAUACCUAUGAUUUUUCUCAAAAACUUUUUAAAAUUAAAAUUUUUUUAUUUUUAUUUAAAUGCAAAUGCAAUAGAUGUGCAAAUAAUAAAAAGUACAGUUUGCUCCAAUUUCUCUUAUAUAAUUUUUUAAUUAUCUUGAUCAUUGAAUUAAAAAAAUAAUUUUUUUAAAGUUAUUCUUUCUUUUUUAAAGUUCUUCACUUGCAUAAUAUUUUUCAAAAGUUCCAUGAUCAAAGUUUAAUUUAAACACCUGAAUUUUUUUCUAGAAAAGUUAAUUCUUUGUUUUUCUUUAAUUAUUUUUUAACUUGCACUUUGAGAAUUCUGUUUAUUGAACAGUUUUAAUAUAUUAUAAUAAAAAUAUCACCAUAAAAUAUUGCAUAGUAUUAAAAAAAAUUACAAAAUGAGAAAAUUCUUAGAAUAAAAUAUACCUUUUGUCUUCGUAUAAAAGUUGAAAUCAGCAUGCAAUAAAAAUGGACAAUCUUAAUAUUCUGCCUUUUUCAAGGAAGGAAAAUAAAUGAACAACUUACAAAAAAAAAAAAAAAAAAGCACCUGCUUUUUAAUUGUUGCAUCAUUUAUAUGUAAUCUGUAAAAUAUUUUCGAUUUCUAUUGGAAGCAGCUAUUUCAUAUCUAGUGGAACAAUUGUAUUUUUUUGGUGAUAGAUAUUUUUAUAAUAUAUGGCUGUACUGACUUCACAAAUAGAAUAACUAUUUUAUAAAUUAAAGGAUGAAUAAUAUGGGAGUUAUUUAAAAAGAUAAAUGUUUGAUUACUUGUUUUUGCUAUGAAAAAGAAUAAUAUUACAAACAUCCAUCAUGUUUGCGUCCUUAUAUUUCAUUUCUGAAUUAAAAAAAUACAGUAUAUUCUAUAGUUUAUUAUUUUUGUAGUUUAGUUCUGGAUUUUAUUUAAACAAUUGCUUAAAAUUUGUUAAUUUCUAUUGAAGAAAAAACCGGUGUAGAAAUGACAUGUUAGUGAAAAUGGAAAAGAAAUUUUAUGUGAAACAAAAAAAUCAGUAAAUUUUAAUUUUUGAUUUUUAAAAUAAAAUUUAUUGCUUUCUCUCUCCCCCCCCCCCUUCUCUUCUUUUUUCGAAGUAGAAGUAUCAAAACUAAGUUCAUAAUACUUGAUUAAAAUUUGAAUAUAAGAUGGUUUUCUAAUAUUUCAUCUAAGUACUUUUAUAUGAUAGGAAAUAUAUGAUAGGAAAUAAUUGAAAGCAAUUAUUUAAUUGCAUUACAUAAAAAUGGUAGCAACAUAUAUUUAUUAUAAAAUGGAUUUUUGAAUCUUUAUUACAUUCACCUUGAUAUAUAUUUUUAUAUUAUUGCAUGUUUGUAUUCAAACUAUUAUAUCAUCAAUACAAUUCAAAUGUGUGAAAAUUAUUCUAUGCUUAAUUUUAGAUAAUCAUACCAAAUUGUACAUUUUUGAUAGACUUCACUUGAUCCCUCCUUUGUUUGUAAAGGGAUUUCAGAUUCAAAAUAUUGCUCCAUAAUUUUUUUGGGGGGGUGAAAAAAAAAAGCUUUCUACAGUGUGAAAUAGAAAAACAUGAUUUUUCAUAUUAGGUAGUUUGCAUUUGUAUUGACAGUAUUUUUAACUUAAGAAAGUGAUCUCUUAUAUGAUAAAGUGAAUGAACUUCAAUAAUCAGAAUGAUGUAAAAUUUAUAUCUGUAUUUUUGUAAAGCUAACCCAAUAUUUGAUACUUUGAAAAACUUGUACCUAUUUUUAUAUAUAAUCUUCAGAAACAGCUCUCUUUCCAUUGUUAAGUUUAUUGCUAUUUUUAUAAAGUUUUUUACAACAUUAAUAUGAUGUCUAAUAUUGUAUUUUAAUUUUUUUUACUAAAUAUGCAUUUCUCUUUCUAAUAGCAGAUAUAAUAUUUUGUGAAAACAUAUUGUGUGGGCUGGUCCCACUUUAACUUAUUAUUCUUGCUUUACUUUUUCUUAAACUGACAAAGUUAUUUUGUAUAAAGUGUUAUGUAUAUAAUAUAUAUGUACUAAAAUUUGUACAAUCGUCAUAUUUUUAAAGGCCCACAGUAUUAAAUAAAAUCACAGUUUUAGUGAA